AUGUCCAGUCUAACGCAUCUUGCAGGCUUUAUCGUACCUUCCUCUGCGCUUUUUCUCUUCUUCAGCCACGCGGGUGUCUUUCUUCUCAAAACAGUCGUCAUUAUUCCAUUACCGCCGUCCCAGAAAAGGGCGAUCCUUCGCUUGCUCCGAGCGCUCACACAAUGUCUGUCGACAGCCUCCUCAAACCCUAAGCAUCCUGCCCUCCGCUAUGCAUCUGCAUUUGAUAGUCUUUUGAGACGUAUUUAUCGGGAUCAGGACUUUCAGACGCCAGAUCCUAGUCCGGCACCCUCGCGCCGAAUGAGUUCUGAUGCCAGUGCGAGCUGCACUGAAUCCCCAGUCGUCAAUCCACUCCCAGACGAAAAUGAUCUGCAGACCCUACUUGGAAGCAGAGAGUCUUUCGUUGCAGAAAGGCCAUUCCAGGACCUUGCUGCCGACAUCGAAGCUCUCUACGGCCUGGAAUCCACUGCGGACCUUCUGCAACCGGUUGUUGAAAGUAAUGAUCUGUCUUCCCAUUUGCCUUCUUCUGGUCCAUUUGCCGCACUAUUCAGUGCCGAUGACAGAGAGUUUUGGGACCUUUUCACAUCUGCAAAUUUCGAUUGGAAUACUAUAUACGGGUAG